UAUAGUCGUAUAAAUGGUUCAAGCUUUUUGUAAAAGGGAAGGAAGCACAGGGAGGUUAUACGAAAGACAAAAAAGGCAAUGUAACCUCUGUCUUUGCAGUUUGAAGAACAGUUUGACAUGAGCAGUGCAGCACAGUGAGACAGAGCUGGAUGUGGAGAUGGGACAGACUGUGCUCUGUGUGUUGGUCUUAUCCUUGACCAGUACCCUCUUCUAUGGAAACGCUCAAGUUUCCAGUAAGGCCACAGUGAUCCUUCAACACAACUGGCCUCAGAUAUUCACAGGAGAGACAAUCACCCUCAGAUGUGAGAUCCAGGGAGGUGGACGAACUCAGUGGACGUAUGAAUGGAAACAAGACGAGUUAAACAAACCUUCAACAUCCAGAGAAUACAGGAUCAAUGGAGCUACUGAGUCUGACAGUGGAGAAUACAGAUGUAGAGGUAGAAGAGGCUACAAUUUAACAGAGUGGAGUGAUACCAUCAGACUGACUGUGUCAGUCCCCAGCGGUCCGACUGUGACUCUGCAUCCUAACUGGCCCGAGGUGUACAGUGGGGAGAUGAUAACUCUGAGAUGUGAGAUCCAUGGAGUAGAUGCUGAAUGGGAAUAUGAAUGGAGCUCUACUAGCUCAUUCAAACCUUCCAACCAGAGAGAACUUAGAAUUAGUUCAGCUUCUCCAUUGAACUCCGGAGACUACAUGUGUAAAGGCCGAAACAAAAGUGCGGAGAAUUCCACCGAGUGGAGUGCGUCUGUGAAACUGACAGUAUCAGACAGUAAGUUACAGCUUAAUUCAUUCUCAGUGAAAUGA